AUGUGGAAGACUUCCCUGCUGCCCAAAGUUCUGAGUUUGGGGGUUCUGGGCCUCCUGAUUCCAGCCCAAGGGCAUAAUACUGAUGACCUCAUCAAGACCACUGAGUCUGGACAGAUCCAAGGGACCCACAUCAGUAUCAAGGGGACUGACAAAGGUGUCAAUGUUUUCCUGGGAAUCCCUUUUGCCAAACCUCCUGUUGGGGACCUGAGGUUUUCUCCUCCACAACCGUCAGAUUCAUGGAGCAAUGUGAGAGAUGCGACAUCUCACCCAUCCAUGUGUUUCCAGGAUGUCACUGUCCUAGAAAAACUGUUGAAUCUCAUGAAAAUACCUAUCCCUCUUACCAGCCCUUCUGAAGACUGUUUGUACCUCAAUAUCUACACUCCUGAGCAUGCAAAGGAGGGAGCCCUAUUGCCAGUGAUGGUGUGGAUCCAUGGUGGUGGUUUUGUCUUGGGCUCUGCCUCCACAUAUGAUGGCUCAAUGUUGUCUGCCUCCCAGAAUGUGGUAGUGGUCAUCAUCCAGUACAGACUGGGCAUCCUUGGAUUCUUUAGCACUGGGGAUGCUCAUGCCCCUGGCAACUGGGGUUACCUGGAUCAGGUGGCUGCCCUGAGGUGGGUCCAGAGGAACAUAGCUCACUUUGGAGGAGAUCCUGACUGUGUGACCAUCUUUGGAGAGUCUGCUGGGGGAACUAGCGUUUCCUCACAUAUUCUGUCCCCCAUGUCCAAAGGCUUGUUCCACAGGGCGAUCAUGGAGAGUGGUGUGGCCAUCCUCCCGGGCAUGAUUACUUCCAGCCCAGAAAUGCUUGUAAAUGUUGUUGCCAAUCUGUCUGCUUGUGAGAGACACAGUUCUGCUUCCAUGGUUCAGUGCCUCAGAAACAAAACUGAGGAGGAGAUCAUGGCCAUUGGCAAGCAUUUCCCAAUAAUUCCUGGUGUAGUUGAUGGGCAGUUCUUUCCCAAACACCCUGAAGAGUUGCUGGCUUCAGGAGAGUUUCACCAUGUCCCUUCCAUCAUUGGUGUCAACAACCAUGAGUAUGGUUGGCUUAUUCCUGCGGAAACGGGCAUGGCUGGAUUUAAGCAAGCCAUGGAUAUAAAAAGUAUCCAAUCAUUCCUGCAGAAUCCACUGUGGGGUAUUCCUCCUAAGCUUGGGCAUUUCAUGAUGGAAGAAUAUUUAAAAGAUAUUGAAGACUCUGAAGAAGUUAGAGCUCAAUUCCAGGAAAUGAUGGGUGAUUUUAUCAUUGUUAUGCCUUCCCUCAAAGUGGCCAAAUAUCAGCACAGUCCCAGCUCUCCAGUCUACUUUUAUGAAUUUCAGCACCGUCCAAGCAUAUUUAAGGAUGUCAGGCCAGAUUUUGUGAAAGCAGACCAUGGUGACGAAAUGCCUUUUGUCUUUGGAGCUCCUUUCUUAUGGGAGGAAACAGAAGAGGAAAAGCUCCUGAGCCACAGGAUAAUGAGCUACUGGGCAAACUUUGCCCGCCAUGGAGACCCAAAUGGUGCAAACCUCUUACACUGGCCAGUCUAUGACCAGAAGGAAGAAUACCUACAACUGAAUUUGCAGUUGUCUGUGGGAAAGAGUCUGAAGGGGAAUAAGUUGGAAUUCUGGACUGAAACUAUGCCUCAGAAGAUGAAGGAAUCAGAGCCUGAAAAAGCCCGGGUGGAGUUGUGA